AUGCCUUUCCCCUUCCCAAACUCCACCCUCCUCCUCCUCCUCCUCCUCUUCACUCCCCCCUCCUCCCUCUCCACUCCCUCUCUCCCCUCCGGCGACGUCGACCUCCUCGAAUUCCCCCUCAACCUCGAAUACCUCGAAGCCGAGUUCUUCCUCUGGGCCGCCCUCGGCUACGGCCUCGACCGCGUCGCCCCCAACCUCUCCCUCGGCGGCCCUCCGCCCAUCGGCGUCCGGAAGGCCAAUCUCGACCCCUUCGUUCGCGACAUCGUGACGCAGUUCGGCUAUCAAGAAGUCGGUCACCUGAAAGCCAUCAAGCAGCGCGUCAAAGGUUUUCCGAGGCCGCUGCUUGACUUGAGCGCGAAAAGCUUCGCCACCGUGGUAGACAACGCGUUUGGGAGAACUUUGGAUCCGCCCUUCGAUCCGUACGCCAAUGGGCUCAACUAUCUGCUCGCUUCUUAUAUUAUUCCGUACGUCGGGUUGACGGGUUAUGUGGGUGCGAAUCCUAACCUGCAGAGCUCAGUCGCGAAAAGGCUGGUGGCCGGACUAUUGGGUGUAGAAUCAGCACAAGAUGCGGUGAUCCGCACGCUGCUUUACGAGCAAUUAGACAAAAAGGUUCACCCCUACAAUAUAUCCGUUGCAGAGUUCACCGACAAGAUCUCCGUUCUCCGGAACAAGCUCGGCGGCGCCGGCAUAAAAGACGAGGGGCUUGUUGUGCCGCCGGAGCUCGGCGCAGAAGGGAAGAUUUCCGGCAAUGUGAUCGCCGGCGACGAGAACUCCAUUGCUUAUGCUCGUACGCCGGAGGAGAUACUGAGGAUUGUGUAUGGCACAGGGAACGAGAGCAAGCCGGGUGGGUUCUUUCCCAAAGGAGGUGAUGGGAGGAUUGCAAGGUCGUAUCUUGGGAAGGAAGAGUAUUAGGUGGGAUUGGGAAAAAAAGUUGUGUUAGGGUAUUUGAUGUAAAAUAAGGUAGGAUGGGCUUUAAAAUUCUUUGAUUUGUGCUGAGAUUAGUGCAAUUUAAUAUAUUAUAUAUCGCAUUAAUUUCAAUGUAAAUCAAAUAAUUUUAGAGUUUUAUG